AUGAGCCUUGGCGGUAGGUUUAAGAGGCCACCACCACCUCCCUCACCGCCUGCUGCCUCCUCACCUGAAGCGCCGGUACCGAUCAAACUGUCGGCCAAGGAGAAGAUCGAACAGAAGUGGCUGCUGGCGGAAGCUAACUACAAAGCCAAGUGGCGACCGCUCUUUCCGUGGCUGCUCCUCGUCCGAGCCAAGGAUGGGCACCCUUCGCUCAAGUGCGCCAUCUGCCGGGCGUUCGGGAAGGAGACCACGAAGUACUCUAACCCCGGCGAUGGCGCGCGCGACUUGCAGAUUCAGACCAUGCGGAUACAUGAGCACUCGACCGUCCACCAAGAAGCUGUUGAGCGGCAGCUGGAGAUCAGUGAAGCGGUCGAGGGCAAACAAAAGCGGCUGGACGGAUUCACGAGGAGGGACGUGGAGGGCCGCAGGGUGAUUCGGCUGAUGCGCACGACGAACUUCAUCUGUAAGGUUGACGCACCGAUUUCCAUGUAUCCGCGGCUUGUGCGUUUCUUGGCUGAGCAGGAGACGCCAGACCUCCCUCAACAGUCGUACGGCGUGUACCUUACACG